CCAAGUGUAGCAAAAAAAUAGAAAAAUCUAAAUCUAAUUUUCUCAGAUCAAUCAUAUUUUUCUUAGUCAAACAAAAAUCUCAAUCUAGCUUGAAUCUGUUUCCCACUGUUUCUCUUAAUUUCAGUGAAAUUCAGGCUGCUGUUUCUACCUGCUGACUUCACAUUAAAAUUUGUUCCAGCUCAGAUUUAUAAAGUUUUUUCGGCUCUGGGACUCAAACAGCUUCCGGUGAAAUGUUGGCGGUCGUUCUCUGGUGAGCAGGCUGUGAUUGAAGUUUGAGCUUCACUGUGCAGUCGGUCGCUGCUGCAUCAGCUGUGACUCCAGAGGGUUAAACUGUCGUGAUGGAGGCGGCACACACAGCGCCGUGAGGCCAGAGUGUCUUGAGUUACGUUGAGAAACUGAAGCUGCUGGCUCUGGUUACCUGUCGGGUACCUGUGGACGUGACGACAGCAGCAGCAGAGGACGGGACAAGGUCCACAGGUUUUUAUCAGUUCAGUGGAAAUGUAAUGUGGACUGACGGGGCGGGAUCCAGGACAGAGGUGAAACAGGUGAGACACAAAAGCAAAGCGUGAGACAGAGAGCGGAUUAUACAAAGAGCAGCAGGAUUAAAACUGAUGAGCUCCGUUCAGCUCGGAGGACAAAUAUUUGGAUGAGAACACAGAGUCCUGGUCCUGUAGGCUCAAUUCAAUCUCUCAAACUUUGAGGAUGUAAAUUCCUCACCUGGACCGACCCUGACGCCACCUGUUUGGAUUCAAUGAAGCACCGCAAACAAUAUUCAGUCUGAGCAGUUUCAGCGUCCGAGCUGGACCUACGGGACGGGGGUCAUGUACGUCCUGUGCACCCUGGCGGUCCUGACCCUCCACAGCCUCAUCAAGAGCUGGAACAACAAGGCCGUAGAGCCCGGCGGGAGCUCGGAGGCCACGGGGCGGAAAGGUCGCCCUGGGGAUGGAGGCAGAGGCGUCCCUGAGGUCUGUGGAGCGUCCAGGCCUCGGGUUGGGGAGCACGGAGGACCGAGGAGCUGCAGAGCUGAAGGGAAGAAGAGGCGAGGAGGAGGAGGUGUGCGUAACGUCCCCGACAGCAGGAAGCGGGUUCAGCCGGUCCAGCGGUCCAGCGCUCUGCUCAGCCCGGCGGUCAUGUUCAGCACAAGAAAGACCUGGGACCUCAGCCACGCCCCCUGCCUGCAGGAGCUCUGGAAGAAAGACGUCUCAUUGGACGUAGCGAGCUCAGUGGACUUCCUGAUGAGUGAUGGUGAAGACGACGGCUCCUUCCUGUCUCUGCCCACCGCCGCCUUCUCACAGCGCCCCUCUCUGACUGCAGAGCUGACCGAAACAAACGCACCCAGCCAGCAGCUGCUCAUCCAGAGGGUCACCUGGUCCUGCUGGUGGACUCCUGCCAACACUCUACAGGACAAAGUGUGUGAGUUUCAGGCUCGUCUUCGCUCUGAGGAAGUCACUCGUCACCUGCUGCUCCAGCAGCUGCAGCAGCACAGCGUUCAGGAGAAGACGAGCGUUGGUGGAAGCAUUCAGACGUCCGCCGCGCCCAACGGAGUGAGGGUGUUACAGCCAGGUGAACCUUCAGAUCGUCUCAGCUGUCCAGAAGAAGAGCAGCUCGUUACUCGGCUGCGCACACAGGUGGAGGAGCUGGAGGAGAAGCUGUUGGAUCAGACUCAGGAGGUGGAGAGACUUCGCUCUGAACUGGGGGCGACAGACCUGGAGAAGCAGCUGGAGCUGCUGGUGGUGGAGAACCAGCGUCUGAAGCAGGAGCUGAAGUCAUGCAGGAGCUCAGAGCUUCAGAGCCUCGACGCUGCUGCAGAGACCUGCAGCUGCAGCCACUGCCCUCACAGCCAGGAUGCCGAGUCCCUGCGGAGGGAGGUGUCUCGCUGGGAGAGCCAGGCCCGGCAGAGGGAGCGACGGCUGGCUGAGCUGGAGCGAGAGCUGCUGGAGAAAAGCUCCAGAGCCGAGAGUCUCCGCCGGCAGCUGGACGAGUCGACCCGGCAGCUGGACGACGGCCGCAGGCAGCUGGAGGAGGCGAGGAGGAGGCAGAAGGAGGCCGAGCAGAAACUCUCCCUCCGACUGCAGGAGUGUGAGGAGGAGCUCGCCAGGCAGGCAGCAACGCCCCCCAGAGUCAAGUAUGUGACUCACACUGUGGAGGUGGAGUCAGCUGACUCUCAGAAAGCUCUGGCCGAGCUGCAGACGAAGAACGCCGGCCUGCAGGAGCAGCUGUCUGUGCAGAGGCAGCUGCUGAGGGAGCUUGAGACACAGCUGCACGAGUCACAGAGGACCUGUGCUCAGCUCAGGACACAGCUGCUCACCGAUCGCGGCCGCCUGUGCGGCUUCCUGUCCAAGGCCGUCGGCAGGGGCAACGGCGAGAUGGUUCGCAGGUUGUCCAAGAUCCUGGUGUACGAAGGGGAGAUGGAGCGAGCUCAGGGCCAGCUAGAGGCGGAGAUGCAGAACCUGGAGGAGGAGAAGAACCGCGUGAUCGAGGAGGCGUUCAUUCGAGCCGAGAGCGAGAUGAAGGCCGUCCACGAGAACCUGGCGGGGGUGCGUAUGAACCUGCUGAGUCUGCAGCCGGCCCUCAGGACUCUCACCUGCGACUACAACUGUCUGAAGAGGCAGGUGCAGGACUUCCCCUUCAUGCUGGACAAAGCUAUCACUGAGGCCAAGCAGGAGAUCUGUCAGGUGAUCAGCGAGGUGAGCAGCACCAAUCAGGAGCUGCUUCGUAAAUACAAGCGAGAGAUGAACCUAAGGAAGAAAUGUCACAACGAGCUGGUCCGACUCAAAGGUAACAUCCGUGUUUUCUGUCGCGUCCGGCCUGUCAGUCAGGAGGAGCAGGACUCCGCCGACGCCAGAACCAUGCUGAGCUUCGACUCGGAGGACGACGCUGUCCUCUACCUCUCCAACAAGGGCAAGAUCAUGACCUUUGAACUGGACAAAGUCUUCGCCCCUCAGGCCACGCAGGAAGAGGUGUUCCAGGAGGUCCAGUCUCUGGUCACUUCCUGUAUCGACGGCUUUAAUGUCUGCAUCUUCGCCUACGGACAGACCGGAUCGGGGAAAACGUACACAAUGGAGGGCGUGGUGGACGACCCAGGCAUCAACCAGCGAGCUCUCCGCCUGCUGUUCUCCGAGGUUACGGAGAAAGCUCCGGACUGGGACUACAAGAUCACCGUCAGCAUGGUGGAGAUCUACAACGAGACGCUGCGGAACCUGCUAGGGGAGAAUCCCACCGACAAGCUGGACAUCAAGAUGAACCCUGACGGCAGCGGACAGCUCUACGUCCCCGGACUGACAGAGUUCACCGUCCAGAGCCCCGAGGACAUCAACCGGGUGUUUGAGUUGGGUCACAUGAACAGAGCGACAGCCUGCACCAACCUCAACGAACACAGCUCUCGCUCACACGCUCUGCUCAUCAUCACCGUGUCUGGAUUCAACUCUGCUACCGGGAACCGCACACAGGGUAAGCUGAACUUGGUGGACCUGGCGGGCUCGGAGAGGAUCGCCAAGUCGGGGGCAGAGGGCAGUCGUCUCCGAGAAGCUCAGUGCAUCAACAAAUCUCUGUCGGCGCUCGGAGAUGUCAUCAAUGCCCUGCGUAGCAAACACUCCCACAUCCCCUUUCGAAACUCCCGCCUCACCUACCUGCUGCAGGACUCCCUGAAUGGGGACAGCAAGACCCUCAUGAUGGUCCAGGUGUCUCCACUGCCGACCAACAUUAGUGAGUCGGUCUGCUCACUGAAGUUCGCUCAGCGCGUCCGCAGCGUCGAGCUGAGCUCUUCGUCCUCCAGGAGACACGAAAACUCGUCCACCUCAUCCUCGCCGACGCAUGACAGCGUUGAGCUGGACUCCCCCCCGGUGACUCCCGUCCCUCUCCCAAUCUCUCGGGCCAGCAGCGCCGGCUCCACCCUCUCCUCCGCCUCAAGAACUCCCAGCAGCUCCCGCAGGAGGUCCCAGUCCCAGCUGUCCACAGACAGACAGGUAGACAGAGGCAGCCCAUUGGUGGGGGACGGUGGGCAGGACGACUGAAGCUGACGGCCUGAGAGAUGCAGAGGAGCGUGGGGUGUCUGCCAACGCCCUUCCUCCUCCUCCUCCUCCUCCUCACUGCAGGAGCAAAGACUGAUGGGAACUUUAGCGGGCAGAUUAUUCUGAACAGACUCUUAACUCUUGGCCAAAUGUUUGGAUUUCUGCGUCUUCUCUGCGUGAUGACGGAUGUUUAAAAACCACUGAAGCUCCUCCCACCUGGACUGAGAACCUCCCAGUAUAACCAGUAUACGCUUUCCAAUCACAGUAUUUCUUGUUUCUUUAUAAAGUUGCACUUUAACUUCUAGAUUAUUUUCUAACCCAGGAUCCCAGAUGUGGCUGAUUAUAAUAUAUGCAUAUUAUUAUUUAUGUUUGCUUUAACCUUGUUUUUUUUUUGUUUAGAUUUAUAUAUAUAUUUUUUUUUUUUUUUUGAAGCCACGUGAACAAUUAAUCUUAAAAUUCUGAGAUUAAAAUUAAGAUUUUCUGAAUUCAAUCUCAUGGAAAUUGAGAUUAAUGUCAUGUUGAAUCCUCCUGGAGGUCGUCUUUGUGUCCUCUUCAUCCAAUCAGGGUACUCCACUGAUACCGAGCUGUCCAAUAAGACGCGAGCAAUACGAGGAAGUCUUCUCCCGUGUACACGAUUGUUGUUUUUCCGUUCCUGUGGAUGUUCUUCAAUCUUCAAUUUCCUCGACAGUUUCUCCCCCGGUGUGCUCCUGCUGUUGUCUGGGGAACCUGCAGGUGACCUUUGACCUCGGGCGGAGCACACCUGUAGCUGUGUGCGCAGGUGGAGCGAGUAGUUAGCUGUAGUCGUAGUGACAGGAAUGCUUAGAAACGAUGAGCUGCUGUGUCUGCUUGCUUUGUGUCCGCUGUAGAGUUCUACAGUUGGUUUUUUUUUGUAUUCCCUUUUUAAUAAACACUCAAACAAU